GUGCUGAUGUGUCGGGAGGCGGAGCCUAUGGGAGCAAACCCUCGCGGCGCCGCCGUUCAGUCGCGGCUGCUGCGGUCCGCCUGUGUCGCGUGGGUAGAGCCAUGGCAGCGACUGCCCGGUCCGCGCGGGCCUCGCCCAGCUCAGAUAAACUACAGAAAGACAAGGCUGGACAGGCCUCAGGGCCCAGGCAGGGCAGCCGAAUGGCGAAACUCUUGGGUUUUGAGUGGACAGAUUUGUCCAGCUGGCGGAGGUUGGUAACCCUGCUAAAUCGACCAACGGAUCCUGCAAGCCUAGCUGUUUUUCGUUUUCUCUUUGGGUUCUUGAUGGUGCUGGACAUUCCCCAGGAGCGAGGACUCAGCUCUCUGGACCGAAGAUACCUGGAUGGGCUGGAUGUGUGCCGCUUCCCCUUGUUGGAUGCCCUGCACCCACUGCCACUUGACUGGAUGUAUCUUGUCUACACCAUCAUGUUUUUGGGAGCACUGGGCAUGAUGCUAGGUCUAUUCUACCGGAUAAGCUGUGUGUUAUUCCUGCUGCCAUACUGGUAUGUGUUUCUCCUGGACAAGACAUCAUGGAACAACCACUCCUAUCUGUAUGGUUUGUUGGCCUUCCAGCUGACAUUCCUGGAUGCAAACCACUACUGGUCGGUGGAUGGCCUGCUGAAUGCUCGUAGGAGGAAUGCUCAUGUGCCCCUUUGGAACUAUGCAGUGCUGCGUGGCCAGAUCUUCAUUGUGUACUUCAUUGCGGGUGUGAAAAAGCUGGACGCAGACUGGGUUGAAGGCUAUUCCAUGGAAUACCUGUCCCGGCACUGGCUCUUCAGUCCCUUCAAACUAUUGCUGUCCGAGGAGCUGACUAGCCUGCUGGUGGUGCACUGGGGUGGGCUGCUGCUUGACCUCUCAGCUGGUUUCCUGCUCUUUUUUGAUGCCUCAAGAUCCAUUGGUCUCUUCUUUGUGACCUACUUCCACUGCAUGAAUUCCCAGCUUUUCAGCAUUGGUAUGUUCCCCUACGUCAUGCUGGCUAGCAGCCCUCUGUUUUGCUACCCUGAGUGGCCUCGGAAGCUGGUAUCCCACUGCCCUCAAAGGCUGCAAGAACUGCUUCCCCUCAAGGCUGCCCCUCAGCCCAGUGCUUCCUGUGUGUACAAGAGGAGCCGGGCCAAAAGUGGCCAGAAGCCAGGGCUGCGCCAUCAGCUAGGAGCUGCCUUCACCCUGCUCUACCUCCUGGAGCAGCUCUUCAUGCCCUAUUCCCAUUUUCUUACCCAGGGCUAUAACAACUGGACAAAUGGGCUGUAUGGCUAUUCCUGGGACAUGAUGGUGCACUCCCGCUCUCACCAGCAUGUGAAGAUCACCUACCGUGAUGGGCGCACUGGCGAGCUUGGCUACCUUAACCCUGGGGUAUUCACACAGAGCCGGCGAUGGAAGGAUCAUGCAGACAUGUUGAAGCAAUAUGCCACUUGCCUGAGCCGCCUGCUUCCCAAGUACAAUGUCACUGAGCCCCAGAUCUACUUUGAUAUUUGGGUCUCCAUCAAUGACCGCUUCCAGCAGAGGAUUUUUGACCCCCGUGUGGACAUCGUGCAGGCCACUUGGUCCCCCUUCCAGCGCACACCCUGGCUGCAGCCACUCUUGAUGGACCUGUCUCCCUGGAGGGCCAAGUUACAGGAAAUCAAGAGCAGCCUGGACAACCACACUGAGGUGGUCUUCAUUGCAGAUUUCCCUGGGCUGCACUUGGAGAAUUUUGUGAGUGAAGACCUAGGCAACACCAGCAUCCAGCUGCUGCAGGGGGAAGUGACUGUGGAGCUGGUGGCAGAACAGAAGAACCAGACUCUUCAGGAAGGAGAAAAAAUGCAGUUGCCUGCCGGUGAGUACCAUAAGGUGUAUACAACGUCUCCUAGUCCUUCCUGCUACAUGUACAUCUAUGUCAACACUACAGAGGUCGCACUGGAGCAAGAUCUAGCAUAUCUGCAAGAAUUAAAAGAGAAGGUGGAGAAUGGAAGUGAAACAGGGCCUUUACCUCCAGAACUGCAGCCUCUGUUGGAAGGGGAAGUAAAAGGGGGCCCUGAACCAACGCCUCUGGUUCAGACCUUUCUUAGACGCCAACAAAGGCGCCAGGAGAUUGAACGCCGGCGAAAUAGCCCUUUGCAUGAGCGAUUCUUCCGUUUCUUGCUGCGAAAGCUCUAUGUCUUUCGCCGCAGCUUCCUGAUGACUUGUAUUUCACUUCGCAAUCUGGUAUUAGGCCGCCCUUCCCUGGAGCAGCUGGCCCAAGAAGUGACUUAUGCCAAUAUGCGACCCUUUGAGCCAGUUGGAGAAUUGAGUCCUUCAAACACGGAAUCUUCAAAUCCUGAUCCUCUUGAGUCAAAUUCUGAUCCUGUCCACUCAGAGUUCUGAGGAAGGCCAAAUGUCAGGUGCAGAUGUGCAACCAGUCAUAGGCCCAUCCUACGCAAUAGACAUUUAUUUG